AUGGAGAAAUACAUCAUGUUUGGAGAUGAAGGAGAGACCAUGAGACUGGAUCUACAACUCAAUGUUGACAAUCUUGAUCAAUUUUGGUUACCCCAAGAUCUCAACUCUAAUAACAACAAUAACAAUAAUGGUAACAACAACGCAAAUGAUGCCAGUAGCAAUAAUGAUAUCGACUACUUGAUUAAUGAGACGCUCAAUGGAUUACAGGACUUAGAUGUUCCUAGUGGUUUUGCCAUGACCAAUAAUGGAGGAGGAAUCACUUCUACAUCUGCGUCUGCAUCUGCAUCUGCAUCUGCGUCAUAUAGUCAUCAUUCAAGACACAAGUCAAAAACUCAUAGUAGACAAAUGAGUGGUACGGCAAUAUUUGGAUUUAUUGAUCAUACUAGAGAUUGGUCAAUUGGCGGUACUAUCCAACCUAGUGAUUUUUACAAGCCUAAUCAACAAUUGUUUGGAAAAUCUAUUGAUUGGAGAAACAUUAAUCCUGGUGAUUUAUUGAAUGGAGCUGGUAAUAAUCAAGCUCAAUCACAGCAACAGCAAGAUAUUAUCAGUACGGUUCCGAAUCAAUCGCAAUCAAGACUACUGAAUAAACCCAUCAAAAAAGACACUCCAAGUCAAGAUAUACUAAAUUUCAAUUUCGAAAAAGAUCCAGCAUUUGAUACCAAAUUUGCUAAUGAAGAUGAUUAUGAUGAAGAAGAUGCUUUCAUAAAUAAUCGAUUGGCUCAACUGUCACCAAUAAAGCAAAUUUCAACACCAACAAAAUCACAACAAAAUCAAAGUUACAAUAACCAUCAAAUUAGUGCUACUCAACCACGAACUUUAAAACAAAAUGAUUAUGUAGUCACUAAUCAAAGUCCCAAAUCUUAUAAAUUUCCACCACCACAACCUCGUUCCAAGCAGAACAAAACAAAAGAACAAACGUCGCCUUCACCAUUACAAACAAGAUCAAACAAAUAUCAAUAUCGUCAGAAUGAAACCAACAAAAUUGUGAAUUCUUAUUCUGCAAAGUAUUUGCAAUCACUACAAUAUGUCCAACAGCAGCAACAACAGAAAACUAGUCUCAUGAGUGAUGCGUUUUUACAACCAAAAUUACCAUAUGAAUAUGUUGACGAUUUUGAGCCACUAUUAGAAGAAAGAAAUAUGUUGAAACAUGAGAAUGACGAGCAAAUGGGAUCGGAUAUGCGAUAUGUUCCUUUGCCGGUACAUGAACCUGUCUAUCUGGCGAAAGCAGCCAACAACGGAAGUUCAUACCAAGCCAAUCAACAACAGGAGCAAUUGAUGUCUCCAGCAAUGACACAAACUGCUUUGAAUACAAAACAACAACCUUCAAGCUCAACCGAACAACAACAAUUGGAUUCACAACAAGGAAAUGAACUUGUUAACAACCUCCUUUUCAAUACCUUUUUACCUCCACCUUCACCACCAACACUCUCCAACUCAAAUGAUUCUCCCAAUUGGCAAUCUUCACCAGAACCACAAUCUCCAUCACCAGGUAGGCCCAACAGUUUAUUCCAACAUAGUCAACAACAAGACAUUUCGCCUUUGCAUCCAAGUCUAAGAAAUUCCAGUGUCAAUUUCUAUACCCCAAUGUAUUACAAUCGCGAACAACCUCAGCAACAACUGGUGCAACAGUUGUCUACUGCCUUGCACCAUAUCCAAGAAGAAGAGCAACUAUGUGACAAUGAGACACCACAUAAAUCAACUCUAAAUCAAAUACAAAUGCAACAACAACAGUUACAACAGCUAAGUCAACGAUAUAAUCCAUCAAGUCAACUGUCAGCUGCCACGGGUGCAUCUAGUAGACAGUCAGUCAGAAGUCCUUCUCGUAGUAACAACAACAACAAUUACCUAAACUCAUCGCCAUUCUCAACUAUCAACUCAUCACCAAUACGAUAUUAUACGUCCCCCGAUAAACCAACCACCAACAGAGGUUCCCAACAAUCACCAUCUGCAGCAGAGCAAGAUGCCAGCCCCGAUCCUAACGCCACGAUUGCUCAAAUCACCCCAUUACGCAACAACACCUACUUAUCGACUCCCGUUAAAUCCAAAACUCUUCAACAACAACAGCCAAGUCUCGAAUGGAGUCCCCUCAUAAGCCCCAACCUGAAAAACUCCCUCAAGAAACAACUCAAAGAUUCAUCACCAAGAAACCGAGUUAAAAAAACAUCAUUACUACCUCCCGGUGCCAUUGACAAUUAUUGGAUUGGUCCCACAGAAGAUAAAAAUUUCAUAUGUACGUUCAAAAAUUGUGGUAAAGUAUUCACACGUCGAUACAAUGUUCGAUCCCACGUUCAAACUCAUUUAAGCGAUCGUCCAUUUGGUUGUCAAUUUUGUGGUAAACGAUUUGUUCGACAGCAUGAUUUAAAUCGUCAUUUGAAAGGACAUAAUGAGUCCAAAUUGAGUAAAUGCGCCUGUGGUAAAGAAUUUGUUAGAGUUGAUGCCAUGAGGAAACAUCAAGAGAGAAACAUUUGUGUUGGUGGAAUAAAAGGUAUGGUUAAUAAACCAUCAGUUAAAAAGAAAAUUGGUAUUACGAAUGGGGGUUCCAAUGAUGGUGAUAUUGCUGGAAUUGGUGACGAACGUGUUCAAAGAAAGUUGUUUACUGAUUUGAUUCAAGAACAAAGCUCAGGGAAAUAG